GAUGGCUCGCUUCGGGGAGGUGGUGGCCGGCAGAAUGGGAUCCGGGGAUGGAGGCUCCGAGCGCGGCAGAAACCGCCAGGCACCGCCACAGCCUGCUGGGGGAACCCAGGUCAAUUACAAGCAAUCCAAAGCCCAGCGAGCUCGGACUAUGGCAUUAUACAACCCUAACCCCGUCAGGCAAAAUUGUUUCACAGUCAACCGAUCCUUAUUUAUUUUUGGAGAAGACAAUAUUGUCAGGAAGUACGCGAAGAAGAUCAUUGAUUGGCCUCCCUUUGAAUAUAUGAUCUUGGUGACAAUCAUGGCCAACUGUGUUGUCCUUGCUCUAGAACAGCACCUCCCAAAAGAAGACAAGACACCUAUGUCUCUACGAUUGGAAAAAACCGAACCCUAUUUUAUUGGAAUCUUCUGCUUUGAAGCAGGAAUAAAAAUUAUUGCCUUAGGGUUUGUAUUCCACAAAGGAUCAUAUCUAAGAAAUGGAUGGAAUGUCAUGGACUUUAUUGUGGUGCUAAGUGGUAUCCUUGCAACAGCUGGAACUCAUUUUAAUAACCAUGUUGACCUAAGGACACUAAGGGCAGUUCGUGUGCUGAGGCCUCUUAAACUUGUAUCAGGAAUUCCCAGUUUGCAAAUUGUACUGAAAUCAAUCAUGAAAGCCAUGGUGCCUCUACUCCAGAUUGGGUUGCUGUUGUUUUUUGCAAUUCUCAUGUUUGCCAUCAUCGGUCUGGAGUUCUACAGUGGAAAACUGCACAAAACAUGUUACACAAAUAACUCAGAAACGGGUGAGUUAGAGGAGCUAGAACCACAAUAUCCUUGCGGAGAGCAAGAAUGUCCUCCUGGUUACAAGUGCCAAGACUGGAUUGGUCCAAAUGAUGGAAUAACUCAGUUUGACAACAUCCUGUUUGCUGUGUUGACUGUUUUUCAGUGCAUCACUAUGGAAGGAUGGACAACAGUCCUCUACAAUGCCAACGAUGCCUUAGGAGCUACUUGGAACUGGCUCUAUUUCAUUCCCCUCAUCAUCAUCGGCUCAUUCUUUGUCCUGAACCUUGUUCUUGGGGUCCUGUCUGGUGAAUUUGCCAAAGAAAGAGAAAGAGUUGAAAACAGAAGGUCAUUCAUGAAACUUCGUCGGCAGCAACAAAUUGAAAGAGAACUUAAUGGUUAUCGAGCCUGGAUAGACAGAGCAGAAGAAGUGAUGCUGGCAGAAGAAAAUAAAAACGCAGGCCCUUCAGCUCUAGAUGUUCUUCGGCGAGCGACCAUUAAAAGAAGUCGAAUGGAGACCAUUCACAGGGAACCCAGUGAGGAUCACUGUGCAGAUAUAUCAUCUCUUGGCACUCCUCUUGCUCGAGGCGCCAGCAUCAAAAGUACAAAGAUGGAUGGCCCUUCCUACUUCAAGAGGAAAGAAAGAAUGCUCCGGAUCUCCGUCCGUCACAUGGUCAAAUCUCAGGUCUUCUACUGGAUUGUCUUAAGCUUGGUUGCUCUCAAUACAUUCUGCGUUGCCAUUGUUCAUCAUAACCAAGCACCGUGGCUUUCUAACUUGCUCUACUAUGCAGAGUUCAUCUUUCUGGGGCUUUUUCUGUCUGAGAUGUUUUUAAAAAUGUAUGGCCUUGGGCCCAGACUCUAUUUCCACUCAUCCUUCAAUUGCUUCGACUGUGGAGUUAUAGUAGGCAGCAUCUUUGAAGUGGUCUGGGCUGCUUUUCGACCAGGAAUGUCUUUUGGGAUCAGUGUGUUAAGAGCUCUUCGACUCCUGAGGAUAUUCAAGAUAACUAAAUACUGGGCAUCUUUACGCAACCUAGUGGUUUCAUUAAUGAACUCCAUGAAGUCCAUCAUCAGCCUUCUGUUCCUGCUCUUCCUCUUCACCGUGGUCUUUGCCCUCUUAGGAAUGCAGUUGUUUGGUGGAAGGUUCAAUUUUGAUGACGGCACCCCCUCAGCAAAUUUUGAUACUUUUCCUUCUGCUAUAAUGACAGUUUUUCAGAUCCUGACAGGAGAGGACUGGAAUGAAGUGAUGUACAAUGGGAUUCGAUCUCAGGGAGGGGUAAAGACUGGCAUGUGGUCAUCCAUUUACUUCAUUGUUUUGACUCUGUUUGGUAACUAUACGCUCCUGAAUGUAUUUCUGGCCAUCGCUGUGGACAAUCUGGCCAAUGCACAAGAGCUAACAAAAGAGGAACAGGAGGAAGAAGAGGCAUUUAAUCAGAAGCACGCUUUACAAAAAGCUAAGGAAGUCAGCCCGAUGUCUGCUCCUAAUAUGCUCUUGUCUGAUAGAGAUAGAAGGAAGAGACACACAAUGUCAGUGUGGGAACAGCGAACAAGUCAGCUGAGACGUCACAGGCAAAUGUCCAGCAAAGAAGGUGUCCAUAAGCCUGAUUUGGCAGAGUUGGCAGCCAGCUUUCAUCGGAAAAGCAAGCAUGGACAAAGCCUGAACCUAAAGCGGACAGUUGAAAGUGAGCAAAAAGAGGAUGGAAAGGAAGAUGAAGGUGGACAAGCUCAGGAAGAAGAAGUUGAGAAGUCACUUUUGCACAAUCACUGUGAGGGUGCGCUAGAAGGAAGUGCCUUGCCUAAGGUAAACAGUGAAAGAGAGCACAGAAGACACAAGUUCUACAGUGUUCGUGAGGGCCCAGUAGGAGCAGAAGAGAGACGGCAACGUAGGCGAAGUGAGAGAUAUAGCAGGCACAGAAGGGCAAGAAUGGAAGCGGAGGAAGCCAGUCAGAGUCAUGGAAACUGGCCUGCAAUCAAGGAGAAGAGUCAACAGCAAACCACCAAUGAAGAAGAUCCAGCCACUGAAACAAAUAGAAAUGGACAACCUAAUGAAUCAGAAGCUGACAAAAUACCUGCAAGAAUAAGUGAAUCUCCAGAAGCAAGUCUCCACAAUACCACAACAGAAGAAAAUAUUCCUGUUUGUCAGCAAACAGAAGAAAACGACCAUGUGACCAGCAGUCAAUGCACUAUGCAAUCCAAUAACAGCCCAAACCCUAGUGAGCAAAUGCUGCUGUCAAACCCCAACCUCAAGGCAAAUAAUUCUCCUGGAGGCAGUGAUUCAGGAGAAGUUGCAAACCCUACAAAUGGUGAGAAAGUUCCUGAAAAGUCAAAUUUUGCUGUUGACAUCCCAGAUACUCAAACUCCAGUAGACUCUGUUGCUAUUCCUGUCAAAGAAUUUGAUGUGAACACCCCACUAAAAGAAGAUGAGAAGAAGCAGUUGGGUGCAACAGAUGCAAAAGUUAUAGUUCCUUACAGCUCAAUGUUUAUAUUCAGCACAUCCAACCCGGUAAGAAAGGUCUGUCAUUACAUUGUGAGUCUGCGGUACUUUGAAAUGUGCAUUCUCUUGGUCAUUGCUGCAAGCAGUAUUGCUUUGGCAGCUGAAGAUCCUGUAGCAACCAACUCUGAAAGAAACCGAGUGCUCAGAUAUUUUGACUACGUCUUCACUGGAGUGUUUACAUUUGAAAUGGUUAUUAAGAUGAUUGACCAGGGUCUGGUACUUCAUGAAGGUUCCUACUUUCGAGAUCUCUGGAAUAUUCUAGAUUUUGUUGUUGUAAUUGGAGCACUGAUAGCUUUUGCUCUGGCGAAUGUCUUAGGCACAAAUAAAGGAAGAGAUAUAAAGACCAUCAAAUCACUGAGGGUUCUGAGAGUUCUUCGUCCACUGAAGACCAUCAAACGCCUUCCUAAGCUUAAGGCUGUUUUUGACUGUGUGGUGACGUCACUGAAGAAUGUUUUCAACAUCCUGAUCGUCUACAAGCUCUUCAUGUUCAUCUUUGCUGUAAUCGCUGUGCAGCUUUUCAAGGGCAAAUUUUUCUACUGCACCGACAGCUCCAAGGACCUGAUGAAGGACUGCAUAGGUCAAUAUGUAGAACAUGACAAAAACAAGAUGGAAGUAAAGGACCGGGAAUGGAAACGCCAUGACUUCCACUAUGACAACAUCAUCUGGGCACUGCUGACACUUUUUACAGUAUCUACAGGGGAAGGCUGGCCACAGGUGCUACAACAUUCAGUUGAUGUGACUGAGGAGGACAGGGGUCCAAGUCGCAGUAACCGCAUGGAGAUGUCCAUUUUCUAUGUCAUUUAUUUUGUUGUCUUUCCCUUCUUUUUUGUCAACAUUUUUGUUGCCCUUAUUAUUAUAACAUUUCAAGAACAGGGAGACAAAAUGAUGGAGGAAUGUUCUUUAGAGAAAAAUGAGAGAGCCUGCAUUGAUUUUGCCAUCAGUGCCAAACCUCUGACUCGAUACAUGCCGCAAAACAGACAUACAUUCCAGUACAGGGUCUGGCAUUUUGUAGUCUCUCCAUCAUUUGAAUACACCAUUCUUGCCAUGAUUGCCUUAAACACCAUCGUUCUGAUGAUGAAGUACUACUCUGCCUCUGUAACUUAUGAAUUAACCCUUCGAUACUUGAACAUUGCUUUUACCAUCCUGUUUUCCCUGGAAUGUGUGCUAAAGCUUAUUGCAUUUGGUUGUCUGAAUUACUUUCGAGACACAUGGAACAUUUUUGACUUCAUUACCGUAAUAGGCAGCAUCACUGAAAUAAUCCUUACAGACAGUAAGCUUAUUAAUACAAAUAGCUUUAACAUGAGCUUCUUGAAGCUUUUUCGUGCUGCUCGACUCAUCAAGCUCCUUCGUCAAGGCUACACCAUUCGCAUUCUUCUCUGGACUUUUGUACAGUCAUUUAAGGCUCUUCCAUACGUAUGCUUAUUGAUUGCGAUGCUAUUCUUCAUUUAUGCCAUUAUUGGAAUGCAGGUAUUUGGGAACAUCAGGAUAGACGACAAUUCACAAAUCAAUCGUCAUAAUAACUUCAGGACAUUUUUUAGCUCAUUAAUGCUUUUGUUCCGGAGUGCAACAGGAGAGGCAUGGCAAGAGAUUAUGUUAGCAUGUCUUGGUGGAAAAAAAUGUGAACCAGAUGCGCAGAUCUCUUCUGGACUGACAGGAAGUGUAGAGAAUUGUGGGACAGACCUGGCAUAUUUCUACUUUGUCUCCUUCAUUUUUUUCUGUUCAUUUUUGAUGCUGAACCUCUUUGUUGCUGUAAUUAUGGAUAACUUUGAAUACUUAACAAGGGAUUCAUCAAUACUGGGUCCACAUCACUUGGAUGAGUUUAUUCGAAUGUGGGCGGAGUAUGACAGAGCGGCGUGUGGCCGUAUCCAUUAUACUGACAUGUAUGAGAUGCUGACACACAUGUCUCCACCACUAGGCCUUGGGAAGAGAUGUCCUUCCAAAGUGGCAUACAAGCGACUAGUUUUAAUGAAUAUGCCCGUAUCAGAAGACAUGACAGUACAUUUCACAUCUACUUUAAUGGCCCUUAUCAGGACAGCACUGGAUAUCAAAAUUGCCAAAGGUGGAGCAGAUAGGCAACAGCUGGACUCAGAACUGCAGAAAGAAAUUAUGACUGUGUGGCCGCACCUUUCCCAAAGAAUGCUGGAUUUCUUAGUUCCUAUGCCUAAUGCUGCUGAUCUGACUGUUGGUAAAAUAUAUGCUGCCAUGAUGAUAAUGGAUUACUACAAACAAAGCAAGAUAAAGAAACAGAAGAAGCUUCUGGAAGAGCAGAAAUCUGCUCCCAUGUUCCAGCGCAUGGAUGCUUCAUCGUUGCCUCAAGAGAUCCUCGCUAGUGCUAAAACAAUGCCUUACGUACUACAAAACCCAUCUUCUGGCCUAAGUAGCAGAAGUGGAUUUGUACCACUGAGUCCCCUGUCUCCUCAGGAGAUGUUUCAUUCUGUCAGGUCAGUGGGACUCGACAGCGGAGGUGCAGAUGAGUUCCAGGAUGAACACCUUCUGGAAAAUGAAAGAAAGAACUUCAGAAGAGGACAUUAUCACAAUCAUAUUCAUUAUCUGCCCAUUGAAACUCAAGGACGGAAUACCUCCCUACGAGCUUCUUCUAUGCCACGUCUAGAAGUAGAACCCCAGGCCAUAAUAGAUACCUGCUCAAUGAGGCGCUCCUUUUCGACUAUUGGUGAUCAGUGUGUAAACAGUGCUUGGCUAGAUGAGUACUCGUUGGAGCGAGCAUGUCCUGAUGAGAUGUACAGACAGCAGAGAAGAAGUUAUUGUUCCUCCCUUAGACUCUCCAGUCCACGUGAUUCUGGAUUUCAUCGUGAUGGCCAUCAUUCUGGGAUCCACGAGAGAGGAAGAUCAAAAGAAAGAAAACACUUAUUAUCUCCCGAUGUGUCCAGGUGCAACUCAGAAGAAAGAGGUCUGCAGAGGCAUCACCAUUCAAGUGAUCGUACACAGUCCCGGUCCCCAAGUGAAGGCAGGUCACAGACUCCCAAUCAGCAAGGAAACAGCUCUCUGAGUGACAGUCCAGCUCCUUCAACAUCUGGAACCAGCACACCGAGACGUGGACGUCGACAGCUACCACAGACACCUUCAACACCGAGACCUCGGAUUUCAUAUUCUCCAGCAAUUCAUGCUCCUGUAGGAGUAGUCCCUUCAUCAAAUGGGACUGCAGUAAGGACCAGUGAGCAGUCCGAGAGGUCAGACAGAACUGAGCAGACUGAUACACUGUGGAAUGAGCUUUCCAUCCCCCCUCAGAACGGCAAUGGCCGUGUAACUAUGUCUCAUCGUUAUGUCUCAGAACCCUACCUACCUCUGCAUGAGGAGCCCCCAAGCCCUGACUCAACAGCUGUAGAGGAGACCCUCACUUUUGAAGCUGCUGUGGCAACAAGUCUUGGAAGGUCCAACACUAUUAGUUCUGCUCCAACACACAGGCACUCCUGGCAGGUACCCAAUGGGCACUUUCGCACAAGAGGAGUCCAACGUUCACAGUCUGGAGCAGGAUGUGAUCUGCUUGGUGACACAGAUGAAGAUGACAAAUGUUAAGAAGACAGGCAAUUUUAUAUCCUUUAAAUGUAUCAUCAACUGGCAAGGAAUGGUUAUGAAUGGAAACCUCUAUAAGGUGCGGUAUUAAUACAAUAUCAGUAAAAGCCUCCAUGGUGUUAAUUUUAAUAAUCUUAAAAUUAAGAAAAAGUAAAACAGGAUCAGAGGCAGUCUGCAUGAUUACCUGGUUAAUGUUUUAAGAGAGCAAAGACUAUAUUAGAUGGCAAAAUUGCCUAAAUUGUAAAAUGGUGAGCUUGCUUUGAAUAUGGCCCUAUCAUGGGUGUAAAGUACACGUGGCAAAACAUAAAGAAGCUGUGCAGUUAGAAAUAUUGCAGCCAUACAGAGGUUUGCUAUGGAUCUUUAUUAAUGUAUCUUUAUAUGGAUAAAGGCAGGAAUGGUCCCAUGUGUGCAUUAAAAUCUAUUGUACCCUUUGGACAAAUAUGAUGGAUGCUGAUUUAAUACCACUUACUAAUACACUUUAGCAUUCUAAUUGAGAUACACAUUGAACAAGUGGCAGUCUUCAAAAAAACUGUGCAACCUGACAAUCAAAGUAACAUAAAAAUGAUGUCUCGAGGCUGUUGUUGGAAAUGAAUGACAUAGUUAUGUGUGGGCAGGUUGGCACAUCAAGAGACUUGGCUGCAAAAUGGACCUGAUUUUAUUUUGAUUAAAUAAUGAAGAAAGUUGGAUUAUGGAAGGAAACAACGAUUCAGGUAAAAGAGGUCUCUUAGGCCUUGUUGUAGUAUGAUGCUAUGUGCUCUUGGAAAUGUUUAUUUAGUGUCAAGGAUGCACAAUGAGGUCUAAGGACCUUUCCUAAAAACUCAAAGUAAUUCUCUCCCUUCUUUUCAUUACAUAUUAAGCCAUAAUGUCCACAUUUGUAAUAGUUAACUAAGUCGUGAAAUUCUAUUUCCAUAUAUGUUUAUUGAGAGGGUUAUUUCCAUGACAGGUAGCAUACUUCUAUUAUCAGGAUGUUCGUCUGUGCCAUUGAAAUGCAGAUCUGUGUUAACUCACUGGAUGGCAUAUUUUUAAAGUAUGGACUCCUCUCUGCCAUUCCAGUUGUGCUGAUAUCCCACUAAAAUACACAUUUUUUUCCUUUGAAAGAAACAUGUUUAAAGUUUAAAAAUGUAAUUGUCAUGGUUGUGAUGUACUGACAAAGUGUGAGAAGUGUAUGUGUCUGUUUAGUCAUUUAAAUAAUGGGAAAACAGCAUUCACAUUUUUGGGUUCCAUCGACUACCAACAUAAUUUAAAAAGCCUUGCAGAUCUGUACAACUAAAAAUAAUGUUUUGGCAUUCCGAUUUUUUCAGUGCUGCAUUCUGAAGCAGACAAUGUACAUUUAUAGAUAGAAAUGUAUAUACUAUAUAUGUUUUGCACCUUCAGAGUUUGAAAUGAACUUUAUGUACCAGUGCAUGCAACUGUGGUUUUUGUACAGGCAAAAUAUGUGAACCUUCAUAACAUGACUAUUUAUAUAAAACGUUGCAGUAUCUGCAUUAGAAUCCAUGAUAACUCUUUUCAUCCAGGUGAAUUUGUUGCUUCGUUUAUCAUGAAUAAGUUAUGGGAUACUUAACACUUUUUCUGUGCACCUUUUAUAGAAAGAGACCAUGAAUAUUUAUUUUUACUUUUGUAAAAUUAAUUCACCAUGCAAACUGUUAGCUGUGUCCUUUAAGGUGAUGAGCCAAUGUUCUCUUGUAUUCCUUUAAAUUGUGAUCUUGAGUGAUAAUACAAGUGCUGCUAAUUAAACAACAGUGACAUAAACAAGGAAGCCAAAAUGUUAUUUGUAAGAGUACAUGUUUAGAGGAUACAGGCAGCUCUGUUUUUAUUCCGUUAAGACAAAAUAUGACUUGGUCCUGAAGAUGAAGAAAGAAUCAUGUAAGUGUGUAGAAGCGAAUAUGUUGUGAUUCAGAAUGUGGUGAUUCAGAAUCAUUACUUUGGGGACUAAAGAAAACUGAAUACUGAUUCUUUUGGCAUAUAUAAUUAAUUUUGAUUUGUAUGACUUCUUUUCAGACUAUAGCAAAGCAACUUAAAACCUAGGAGAAGGAAUUCAGACUCACCUAAGUGUCACAAAUGUUAUUAAAACAAUUAAAAAAAAGACUUUUAUAUGUUUCUGCAGAAUCAGUCACAUCAGCUGCUUAUGGCUUUAGUUAAGUAAUACAUUUUUGAUUUGAACAGAUUAGCCAUAACACAAUUACUACGUAAUUUAUACCCGCUGAUGUAUGUUUUUUUCCUUUACUCAGACAGCAUGUGUAAGAUUGGUAUACUUGUCUCACCUUGGCUUCUGUAAAUAAUUAUGUUCAUGAAUAUUUAUCCCUUUGGAAACCAAGUAGCAGAUCUGAUCAUCAGCUGUCUGUCUUUGUCUAGACAGAGUGAAUUUUUUAGUUAGCACAAAGUAAGGCAGGAUAAAAACAUACGGAGAGUAAUAAAGGUGGCUAUGUCAUGAUAAACAGUGUGUGUGUGUGUGUGUGUGUGUGUGUGUGUGUGUGUGUGUG